AUGGGAACAGUGUCGUACAGAAAAUACAUUCGCUGGUACCCAGACGAGGCUUCCGAGCCGACAUCGACACUGGUCCUUACGUCACCAGAGAAUCGCUUUGUGGAUUUGCGCAUCUUGCUGCCCCCCAAUGGCGGGACAAAAUUAAGCAAUGAUCCCACGGGCGAAUUGCCUCUCGACAGGCUCGAUUGGGCCAUUGCCGGCACGACCAUCUCGGAAGCCGCGACGGCGCCGACGGGCGAGCCGAUCCGGCGCUCAACCUUUCGCCACUGGGUGAGCUCGCGCGUCAUUGACCCGACGGGCGUGUGCGACGUUGGCGACAUGUACCCGCAAGAGGACGGCACGACGCUGGAAAAGGGCGCCAUGGCGAACCCGGCGACGGGGCGUGUCGCAGACUACGACGAGCUGUGGACGGACCUGCUGGCGCCGACGAGCGACUACAUUGCGGUGCUGCGCGUCGACGACGACGACGACGCCGCCGGUGUCAAGGGGAUGCUGGUCUGGAUAGGGGCGCUGUGCCAGGCGCUCGUGCGGGACGAGCAGGGCAUCACGCUGGAGCGAUGGGAGAAGCUGGAAGGCGCGCUGGGUGCUGGCGACGGGGAAGAGUCGGAGGAGGUGGACGAGGGGACGUGGACGAGGACGGUGCGCAUGGGAACGAGGGAGCUGCCGUGCGAGAGCGUCCUGACGGGCAAGGUCAUGCUGGAAAAGGAUGGCGUGGUUGCUUGUCAGGGAGACAUGUGGCAGGUGGUUGAGCUGUUGGAGGGGGACAAGUAA